AUGCGGGUUGUGGCAGGGGCUGUUCUUGUGCUGGUGUUGUGCGCGCUCUUGCCUUUCGUGCACGCACAGAUCAGGCCACCUGCGCGACCCCACAACUACGACUGCGCACUGAAGCAGCUGGCAUACAACCGGUCCCUCGCCCUGCUUGCUGGCUCGAGCAACGCCGACGCAGGCGCUUGGCCACAGCUCAUCCACGAUGCGCUGUUUCUGGGCCAGUGCUCCGAAGCGGCAGCUGCUGCCGCGACCGCCUCCACGUCAACGGCACGGCGCACCUUUCGCGAGCGCGUACGGCAGGCACGAGCAACUCCGCCACCGGAGCAGCGCUGCAUGACAGUCUUUGUGUCACCGAGUGGCGACGACACGCAUGGCGAUGGCUCUGCUGCGCACCCGUUUGCAUCCCUGCAGCGAGCACUCGCAGUCACGGCGUCCAUGCCCGCGCAUGGCAGUGGAUCUGCACCCUCGUCCCUGGAGAUACUCAUGCAGCCCGGGCACUACUUCGUGGCCAACACCGUCUACGUCGGUCCGCAGCCUCUUCCCGUGACCAUCCGCGCCGCCGACCCUGUGCGCAGACCCAUCAUAUCGGGCGGCAUGCGCCUGACAAACCUCACCUUCACAGCAGCGGGUGACCCUUCGCUGCCACCCACCACGCUGGUGACAACCCUGCCGCCACAGGUGGACCUCAGCAAUGCCGCCAAAGGGCUGAGUGUCUUCGUGGACCACGAAGCGUACGUUGCCGCGCGGUGGCCAAACGCCAACCCGGUGUAUGACCUGUGGCCAGCUGGCUACGUGGACGGGCCCAUCGAGUAUGCACCUGCGCACCACCCUGGCCCGCACGAGAUCCCCGUCAGCGUGCAGGCGGCGACGCUGCCUUUCCCUUCCGUGUAUCAGACGUAUGAGCACACACUUGUCGACCCGCGCCAGUGGCACGUGGGCCGCGGCGUUGGCGGCGCCACCUUGCCGCCAUCGGCCACACCCCCGGCCAACCUCACCGGUGGCAUUGCAGUCAACUGGGACGGCAACAACCAUCCAGGCUACCGCGACCAGUGGAUGAACUACGGCUACUUCAUCACCAAGCAGAGCGACCCCAAUACCAAAGCCACAACGCUGACAAGCACGUCAAAGGGCCGACCAGCGAGCGGCGGCCACACGCUCACCUUCGGUGCCGGUGGCUGGCAGGGCACCAACCCGGACUCUGGCGACAAGUACCGGCAGCUGUAUGUGUACAACGCGCGCGGUGCGCUGGAUGCCCCUGGCGAGUACUGGAUUGAUGCGUCCGCGCGGCAGCUGUUCCUCAUCCCCAACAACACGGCCAUCAACACCACGACCACCAUCACCAUCGCCCAGCAGGCAACGGUGCUUUCUGUGUCCGGCACUGCGCGCAGACCCGUGCGCAACCUCACCUUGCGCGACCUCGUGUUCACGGCCACGCGACCCACGUUCAUGGAGGAGUACGAGCAGCCCUACUCCAACACGGCCGGGUGGUCGUUUGCCCGCCACGCCGCUGUGGAGAUGGAGGGUGUGGAAGACAGCGCCGUGGUUGCCUGCUCCUUCCGCUGGCUCGGCGGCAAUGGGCUGCUUCUGUCUGGCCGCGCCAACAACGUCUCUGUGCUCGACUCGGAGUUUGCGUUCCUUGGCGACUCGGCCAUCCUUGCGCUUGGCCGCCCCCGCCUUGCGGCCGGCGUGUGGCCAGACUUCCCCAACGCAACCACCGUGCAGCGCUGCCUCUUCCACGACCUUGGGCUGGUUGGAAAGCAGGUCGCAGCAUACUCGCAGUACAUGGCGGCGCACACCACGCUGGCGCGCAACGUGGCAUUCAACCUGCCGCGGGCGGCCGUGAACUGGGGCGACGGCUUUCGCGGCGGCAACGUGCUCACGGCGUCCGUGUUCUUUGCGUGUGUGCGGGAGAGCGCGGACCACGGCGCCUUCAACUCGUGGGCACGUGAGCCCAUGCUGUACGUGGACGAGGCGAGCGGCGGCAACGUGGCGGUGGUGCCCAGGACAAACACCAUCUCCAAGAUGCUCAUUCUUGGCGCAGGUGGGACGCUGUCGAACCUGGACCACGACGACGGCAGCCUGCUCUACAACGACACGGACAACGUGCUCGCAUAUGCGCCCGCCAAGAGCUAUCUCGGGUCGCAGAAGACAGCCACGCGCUCGCUGUUUCUGUUCCCGGACCUGGCGGUGAUGCAGCACACGUGCUACAUGUCAGACGGCGCGUUCAACUCCACCUUUGGCGAGCAAUACACGCACAACACGUGCAUGCUCUUCAAUGCCACAACCGCGCCCGUGGCCUCUAUGCCCGUGUGCAAUCAGACGGCGCUGUCCGCGUGCACCGCGUCCAACAACAAUCGCUACUUUGUGUCCACGGAUGCCUCUCACCCGACCCCCGUGUGGCGUGUGGGCCAUGAGGCGUUGCACCUCCCAGGGAUGCAAAAGCUUGGGCUUGAGCACAACUCAACCGUGGUCUCCGGCUUUCCUUCGCCGAGUGAGGUUGUUGCCAUGGCCAAGGCUGUUCUUGACAUGUAA